CCAGCGUACCAUUGCUGCGAUCUGUGGCAGCCAGAAUCGAGUCUGCAGCGAGACAGACGUGCCGCAGGUCCAAUGGUGCAGCUCGCUGACGCACUACGCCACCACGCGGGCCAAUAUAGUCCCUCUGUGGGCGGGCAUUUCUUCUUGUAUUCUGAUUGUAUCGGUCCAGUUUAUAUUAGUUAGACGAGCAGAGAGGGGGAGCAGGAAGAACGAGGGACUCUUUCACCAAACAAAUGCUGUGACUGUGGAUACUGGCCGUUCAAGGCUCCGUUAUGGCAGACGCGGAAGGAUUUGAGCUGCAGCCAGACGCGCCAAAUCAUGACGGUUUUAUUGUCUGCGAUGCCUGAAUCUUAGCCGGCUGCAUUAACAAGGAUGCAUCAGCUGAUAACUGCGCAGAGAUGCCUCCGCUGAACAUGGACAAACGGGGCGUCUGUUACAAUGAUGAAGGCUGCUUGCUUUUUGUUUUGAACACGAGCCACCCACAGAAUCUCUGCAACUCUCUCUCUCUAUAUAUGGACAACUUAAACGCUCCUCUCAUCCAUUCCUAUGAAGAACAUUGCGCAGUGCAGUGAAAACGGGAUAUCGUGUUGUGGAUUUCGAAUUGGCGGUGAAUUACCUAACAAUAAGCUGCUAAUCAACUGGGUAUCAUUUCCCAGUAGCCUAUAGGCUGUAUACAUCCUGCAGUGUGUUGGUACACACUCAAUGUAAGGAGCUUUGUCUAGUGGUGAGAGAGCCACUCUCCGAGGGUACAGAUGAGAGGCAAACAAUAUCAUCAACCACUGAAGUUGACAGCGCCUUGGGAGAAGGAUGCUGGCUUUGGGAGGAAGCUUAAAACCUACAGGAAUCAUACCAAGAUAAUAGCACAGCCUGGGAUCGUGAUGAAAGUCCUCCGCAGGAAGAGGAUUGUUUUAUUUAUGGCCUACUUCUUACUGCUGGUCCUCACUAUGCUUAACUUGGCUAAUUAUAAAUGGACUAAAGAGCCUCAGCAGUGUAACCAUCAGAUGAGGAGCACCACUUAUCAGAGCAGAUCUGAUAUUCGCUUCCUGUACAGACCCUCUCUGGCUAAAAAGAGACAGCUCAUCUAUGUUCUGACCACCUGGAGGUCAGGCUCGUCCUUUUUUGGAGAGCUUUUUAACCAAAAUCCUGAAGUGUUCUUCUUGUAUGAGCCAAUGUGGCACAUCUGGCAGAAACUGUACCCGGGUGAUGCAGUGUCUUUACAAGGGGCAGCCAGGGACAUGCUUAGCUCCUUAUACCGCUGUGAUCUGUCUGUUUUCCAACUUUACAACAGCCCCGGGGGCAAGAAUUUUACCUCCCUGGGACUAUUUGGGGCCACCCUCAAUAAAGUGGUGUGCUCCUAUCCCCUCUGCUCAGCCUACAGGAAAGAGGUGGUGGGCAUGGUGGAUGACAAGGUAUGUAAAAAGUGCCCUCCUCAAAGCCUUAGACUGUUGGAAGAGGAGUGCCUCAAAUAUAGCACCAUAGUCAUUAAAGGGGUACGCAUUUUGGACGUUAACGUGUUGGCCCCACUCAUGGAGGAUCCAUCCUUGGAUUUGAAGGUGAUACAUCUGGUCAGAGACCCGCGGGCAGUGGCCAACUCUAGGAUCAAAUCCAGACAUGGCCUGAUAAGGGAGAAUUUACAGGUGGUCCGCAGCAGGGAUCCUAAACUUCGCAGGAUACCUUUUGUGGAUCCUGGUCACAAAGCCAACAAGAAGGAUGGCGCAGACUACCACUCCAUAGGAGCCAUGGAGGUGAUCUGUGACCGCACGUCCAGGACUUUGAGGACUGCCUUAAACCCACCCAGCUGGCUGAAGGGGAAGUACAUGGCUGUGCGGUACGAGGACCUGGUCGAAAACCCAGUAAAGACCUUGCGGAACAUCUACCGCUUUGCCAACCUCACCACCAACCAUGACAUCGAGUCAUUUGCCCUGAACAUGACCAGUGGCUCCAGCUCCUCCUCUAAGCCAUUCAUAGUCUCGUCCAGGAAUGCCACACAAGCUGCUAGUGCAUGGAGAACAGUGCUCAGCAUUCAACAGAUCAAACAAGUGGAGGACUACUGUCACCAUGCCAUGUCUGUUCUGGGGUACGAAAGAGUCAGAACAGCCGGGGAGGCCAAGGACUUGAGCAAAUCACUACUGACACACUCCAAACUGUGAAAACGUACUCACCACCAAAGACCUUUUUAAUUUAAUGUUCAUUUUGCAUCGAGUGCCGUUUCCUCUUAUUGAAGAAUUAAAGCUUUACUUUAAAUCAGUGUUCGAGGAGCUCCACUGGCCACAUUUGGAAUGUAUCAUGUUUCUCUCGGUUGUAUUGCAGUGGUAUUUGAAGGGACCACUUCUUUUAUACUGGAAUAUUGGAUGUGUUUGACAAUAGAAGGCCUAUGAACGAUGACUUAAUUAGUGACGCUGCAACGAUGAAAAAACAACAACUGUAUAAUUCAUGUAUCUUGUUAUGAUAACACUUCAAAGUUGCUAUUUUGGAGUUAUUUUUGAAUGUUCAAAACCCUACAAAAAACGUUUUUUUCAGUCUCCAUACUGUCUGUAAAAGUGAAAAUAGUUGAUGACAGAAAAACAAAAAAGAACAACUGUUAAAAAAAAAGCUCAUCGCUAAUGUUUAUUUGUAAGAUCUGGUUGAAGUCAGAGACAAUCAAAUUGGUUUGUUGAUGUACGUGCCAUAGGUAGAGGUUUGAUGACUAGGCUACAUCAGAACAGCAGUAGUACUAUUUCUAGAUUUAAAAAAAGAGGAUGUUUUGAUUACCUUGUAGGAUAUCAUGCACUGUGGACCAUGUCAUGGCUCUGGAGCUGGAAAGUCUGUAAGCAGUCUGUUCUACCAUUUCAAAUGUUUACAAUUGCUUGCUCUUAUGAAAACCGUGAUCUGGGAAUAUUGCAUUGAGUAAAGUUCACAGUUAACAAGACAGUUUACGCACCUGUGUUAAAGAACCUGCACUGCUGUACGUGUAGAAAUCAUGAUCAAAAAUGAGCACUAGACCAGUGGUUCUCAAAGUCUGGAGCAUGAGGCAAGGUUAAAAAUUCAAAUAAAAUCCAAAAUCUACUAGAUUUAAUCAAUAUUGUAAUAACAAAAAAACGAUAUGCUAUUAAUGCAUUUUUAAUUACAUAUCGGUUUUGUAAUAAUUUUGUUUUUAUUUAUGAGAUGUUUCAAGGCAUACCUUAGUUCAGUGCAUUAUGCACCACUGUGCCUUCCCUCACCAUUUGAGAACCAUUGUGCUGUAAUUAUGUCACACAUUUGUUGCUAUUUUCUUCAUAACUCAAAAGGUGCCCUGUGGAGUUUUUUUUUUUUUUUUUUUUUUUUUUUUUGCAAACAAAGCUUCCGUUUACAUUCAUCGUUUCUCACCAAAACAUAUCAUGUGUAUUCUUGAGGUCUAAGUAACGUGUUGAAUAAAUUUCCUUCCUCGUAAAACAAUUGCAAAGCUG